AUGUCAUCCCAAUCUUUCAUUUGGCUUAUUACAGGGGCCAGCCGAGGGCUCGGAUUCGAGCUCACCAAACAAGUUGUCGCAUCCGCGUCAAAUAUUGCCAUAGCUUGUUGUAGGAACCCCGACGGCGCGACAAAGUUGCGCGCACUGCAAAGCUCCCCUGGCAAGUUGCACUUGGUUGUCAUGGACGUAGGUAGCGAAAAAUCCAUGCGCGACUCUGUGCACACGGUCGAUGCAAUCCUUGCUGGCAGGGGUAUCGAUUAUCUGUACAACAAUGCCGGUAUCGCACUAGCAGACGACACUCCGUACAAUCUCUCGUACGAACACCUUCUGGAAGUCACAAAGGUCAAUGUUGCAGCGCCUGCUCUCCUGGCACAGCUGUAUCUGCCUUACAUCGAGAAGAGCCAGCGGAAGGUGAUCGUCAACGUCUCGAGCAGUCUUUCCAGCAUCGCAAGCGACAGAGGAACUAAGCAUGCGACAUAUUGCAUCACAAAGACUGCGAUGAAUAUGCUGACAUAUAAGCAAGCGAAGACACGGCCAGAUGUUACAGUGAUUGCUAUCGAUCCAGGAUUUGUCAGGACCGACCUCACCGGCCCACACGCAGACCUCGAUCCAGAAGAGAGUAUCAGCGGCGUUCUGAAGGUCUUGACUACUGUCACUACAGCUGACAGUGGUAAAUUCCUCAGAUACAAUGGCACAGAGCUUCCAUGGUGA